GGCUGCCCCCGCUGCCAUGGGCGGCGCUUCUCUGGAGGCGCGGAAGCUCCUCGCCGCGAACCUGACCCGCGUCCUCUCCCUGUACAGCUUCCUCACGGACGCCUACAUCAUAGAGUUUUUCACAGACAACCUGUGGGGCAGCCUUCCUCCUUCCUGGCAAGCAGCCUUGGCUGACCUCUCGUCCCCACAGCUUGCUGCCCUUUUGCUGGAACACAGCGGCUCUGCAGAAGCCAGUUACAGCUCCGUGUGGCCUCUCUCCCUUCUGGCCUUCAAAGCCACUGCCCACUCCCUGGCCUUCCCCAGAAGACCCAGUGGCCAUGCACAGCCUUCGGGGGGCAGGAGGCCUGAGGAAUUCCAGGAGAAUCCGUGCCAGAGCUGCAAACUUCAUCCCGUCUUCCGGAAGCACGUGAAACCCAAGAAGCAGCAUGAAAUCCAAAAGCUCGGGCAGGUGGUGAAGCAGCUCAGUGACAUCACUGGGUGCCGCUGCAUCGUCGAUGUGGGCUCUGGCCAGGGCCACUUGUCUCGCUACCUGGCCUUUGGUCUCCAUCUCUCCGUCACUGCCAUUGAGGGAGAUCCCCGGCUGGUCAGGGAGGCCACCAGGUUCGAUCGUGAGCUGAUUGAGACCUUGAAGAAGAAGCAGGCCGAGCAGCCUCAGACCUCAGACAGCUUCUUGCUCCAGGGGCCGAACCAUGUGACGGGCUGGGUCAACCCACUGGCCCCAUGGCAGGAGUUCCUGAGCUUGCUACACUGUUGUGGGGAGGAAGGGGUUGGCCCCACAUUGGGCAGCGGAGCGCACGAAUCCUCUGGAGCAGCCGUAGCUCUCCAUUCCCACUCCAAGAUUCCCGACGGUGGUGAAGAGAAGGGCUGCCAACCCGCCAUUUCUCCUGAGGGAGACAGAGCAGCUGCUGGAGGAGAGAUCCCAGCCUCCCCUGGGCACAGGCUCUUGGCAGGGGGCAGCAGAGACUCCCCUGCCCCCCCACGCGCUCCUGCUGGGGGGCAGCAGCUGCUGCUCACGGGACUGCAUGCCUGUGGGGACCUGAGCGUGGCCCUCCUCCGGCAGUUUGUGCGCUGCCCACGUGUGGUGGGGAUCACCUCUGUGGCUUGUUGCUACAUGAAGCUGACCACAAAGGAGGCCCCCAGGCCACCGGGCCUGGGCCCCUGCCUGCCGCUCCCCAUGCCUGGCCCUCCGGAGUACGGCUACCCAUUGAGCGCCUGGGUGGCCGGCUUGCCUGGCCACCAACUCUCCUACAAGGCCCGCGAAGGGGCCUGCCACGCCCUCGAGGACUAUGUCCUGCGGCUUCGGCUCGACAGCCCAACGCUGAGGGGACACGGCUUCCGGGCCGUGCUGGAGACAGUGAUACGUGCAGCGGAGCCGGCCAAGAAGCGCCUGGGGGUGCAGACCAUCGCCAAGGCCCACACCCUGAGCUUCGAAGAGUAUGCCCGCCUGGGGCUGGCACGUCUCGGAAUGAGCCCGGACGUGCCCUUGGACACGGCUCCGCUGGAGGCCAUGCUGGCCCAGCAGCAGAGGGUGGUGGCCUUCUUCAGCCUGGCCCUCCUCCUCGCGCCCCUGGUGGAGACCCUCAUCCUGGUCGACCGCAUGAUCUACCUGCAGGAGCAAGGUUUCCGGUGCGAGCUGAUCCCCCUCUUCGAUCCUGCCUUCUCCCCCAGGAAUUUGGUGCUGGUAGCAGCAAAGACAGAACUGAACGCCAUGCUCCUGGGCACGCCGGCAAGCAGCAAAGGGGAGUAGCUGUCCUGGUCCCAAAGGGAAAUGGAGAGGCCUGCCUGUGCUCCUCCGCAGCAUUGGACCCCAGGGAGGGAGCUGCAGAACGGCAACACGGAGCAGGAAAGGGGCCGCGGACCUUACGACAGCAGUUCCUCUCACGGAGCCACGCUUUGAAAUGUGAGGCCGGAGACAGGGCUGACAUGCGGGACAAAGAGUGCGUGUGCAAUUUGCUGGUAUCUCCGUGAAUGUGUACUCUCCCAUGAACAAGCUCUACCCUGCAGCUUGGUAAGAGGCUGAGAGAUGGAGCGGGGGAGAUCCUCAGGGCAAAAAAGCUUUAUUAAUGCAGAUUUCAAAGGGGGCUUAGGAGACCCCGGCCCUCGAAGGGGCAGAAUGUCUUCCAUUGACCAGGCUGCCUCACGCAACCAUUAAUACCAGUAAGAUUUCCUGAAGCACCGUGUCUCAACGAUCCCCAUGAGCUGCAUGAUUUCUUCCUGGAACGUCUUCAAGGAGGGGACGUAGGUCUUCGCGAGGGCUUCCUCCACCGACGUGUCCUUCGGGCCGUCUGGGUCGGCAUGGAGAGGGAGACAAAUGGGAAGGAAAGCAGAGAGGAUUUUAAUAAAUCAGAAAACAUAA